UAUUUUUCCAGGAACUACAAAAGACAUCAUAAUGAUACAUGAGAAAGAUGCUGAGGAAUGGGCUAUAUACUUGAGAGAAGUUUUUCUACAUGUUGUGCAAAGGGAAGCAAUCCUAUUAUAUUGCUUGGAAAAUUUCUCUCUUUGGCAUUUGGAGCUGCUGAACUUAACCUCUUACAAAUGUAAACUUUUGAUAUUAUCAAAUGGCCUGCUUAAAGACCUAACUCCAAAGAAAUGUCAGUUUCUGGAAAAGAUGCUUCAUUCAUCAGACAGUGUAGUCAGUCUGCUUUGUGGGGUUAAACAUUCAGAUCAGCUCUACAAAUUAUUAAAUAUCUCUGGAAGCAGAUGGGAGAUCUCAACUGAGCAGGAGCCUGAAGACUACAUCUCUGUAAUUCAGAAUAUCAUAUUCAGAGGUUCUGAAGACUACCUCCAGGUCAACAUUCCAACAGUGAAACAUUCUGGGGAAAUAAGUGAAAGAAAAGAAAUUAAAGAAUUAUCGGAAGCUUCAACAAGCACCAUACCACUGGCAAUGGUACUUCCUGCUGAAAUUCCCUGUGAGCCACCAAGCCUGACUGAAAUUUUCAUUAUUUUGAGGGAUGAAGUAAUUGGUGAUACUGUGGAGAUUUAAUUUACAUCAAAUGAUAAGUGCAUUAGAACACGGGCAGUUCUUUGGAAUAAGAAAGUUUGGUGCAUGAAAGCUUUAGAGUUUUCUACUGGUUUGGUCAAUGUCAAUGUCUAUUGUGAUGGAAUCAUUAAGGCCACAACCAAAAUUAAGUACUACCCCAUGGCAAAGGCAAUGAAAUGCCAGUCUAAAGUAACAGAUCCAGAUGAUAAUUUGUGCCAGAAUAACAUUGAAGAACUUGAUGGUGUUCUUACAUCCAUAUUCAAACAUGAGAUACAAUAUUCUGAGUUCCAAUCUCUUCAAACUGAAAUUUACUCUCAAAAAGAAUACACUCAUUUCAAAGAACUUCCCACUCUUCUCCACUGUGCAGCAAAAUUUGGCUUAAAGAACUUGGCUCUUCAUUUGCUUCGAUGCUCAGGAGCAACCUGGGCAUCUAAGAUGAAAAAUACAGAAGUUUCAGAUCCAGCACACAUUGCUGAAAGGCAUGGUCACAAGGAACUCAAGAAAAUCUUUGAAGAUUUUUAG